GGUCGAGGUCCUUUCUUCCCAUCAACUCGACCACCGUGGGGCCCCAUUGACUCUGCCUGCCUUCUUGAUGAAGAGCUCGACCCGUGGCACGCAACACCCUGAGUAGCGGUCGAUCGGGUUGACUUUCUAUUUACUCCUUUUUUCUCCUCUUGCGCCUUUCCCAUCCCUUAACUAAUCUAUUUGGGGUCCCUUUCCUCUUCUCCGCCGGCCACCAUGCUCCGCCAGACUUCGCGCGCCCUCAAGGGCUUCGCCGAUGUUCGGCCUGGCCAGCAACGCGCUCUCACAGCAACCCAGAGAGCCGCAGUCGUGACAACAAGGCGCAAUUGCCCGUCAAAUGUCAGAAAUCAGUCGUCAACUGCUGCUGCGAACCCCUCCGUCACCGAUGCACGGCCGACCCCCAGCCCGUCGUUCAACCCUGCGACCACCAGAGAUCGAAGCCAUGUCCAGCCUCUCGUUAACCCUCGGAAGAGCGACAUGGAUGAGUCGUUCAUUGGGAAAACAGGAGGAGAAAUUUUCCACGAGAUGAUGCUCAGACAUGGCGUGAAGCACAUCUUUGGCUACCCUGGCGGCGCGAUUCUGCCCGUGUUCGAUGCGAUCUACAACUCACCCCAUUUCGACUUCAUUCUUCCGAGGCACGAGCAAGGUGCCGGCCACAUGGCUGAGGGCUACGCACGUGCUUCGGGAAAGCCCGGUGUUGUUCUGGUGACGUCUGGCCCCGGCGCUACCAACGUCGUCACCCCAAUGGCCGACGCGCUUGCCGAUGGCACGCCGAUGGUCGUUUUUACCGGCCAGGUUGUCACCUCGGCCAUUGGAAGCGACGCCUUCCAGGAGGCCGACGUGGUUGGCAUCUCCCGAGCUUGCACCAAGUGGAAUGUCAUGGUCAAGAGUGUGGCCGAGCUGCCGCGGAGGAUCAACGAGGCCUUCGAGAUCGCUACCAGUGGAAGACCUGGGCCCGUUCUCGUCGAUCUCCCCAAGGAUAUUACCGCCGGCGUGCUCAGGAGAGCUAUCCCGACUGACUCGGCCAUCCCGACGAUUCCUAGUGCUGCCUCCCGCGCGGCAAUCGAGCUGACCCAGAAGCAGCUGAAGGCUUCAAUUCGCCGUGUGGCCGAUCUUCUCAACAUCGCCAAAAAGCCUGUGGUGUAUGCUGGCCACGGAGUCAUCUGCUCUGAGGGCGGCGUGGAACUGCUGAGGGCUCUCGCCGACAAGGCCUCUCUCCCCGUCACCACCUCCCUCCAAGGCCUGGGGGCUUUCGACGAGCUGGAUGAGAAGUCCCUGCACAUGCUCGGCAUGCACGGCGCUGCGUACGCCAACCUGGCCAUGCAAGAAGCCGAUCUGAUCAUUGCCCUUGGCGCGCGCUUCGAUGACCGCGUGACUUGCAGUGUUGCCAAGUUCGCCCCUGCCGCCAAGGCUGCGGCCCAGGAAGGACGAGGUGGCAUCGUCCACUUUGAUAUCCUGCCCAAGAACAUCAACAAGGUCGUUCAGGCGACCGAGGCCAUCGAAGGCGACCUCGCUGCCAACCUCAAGCUGCUUCUGCCGCACGUCCAAGCCAAGACCAUGGCCGACAGGCAAGCUUGGUUCGACCAGAUCAAUGCGUGGAAGAAGAAAUGGCCCCUUUCAGACUACGAGCGGGCUGAGCGCUCGGGCCUGAUCAAGCCCCAGACGCUGAUCGAGGAGCUGAGCAACUUGACGGCUCACCGCAAGCACGACACGUACAUCUCCACGGGUGUUGGACAGCACCAGAUGUGGGCUGCUCAGCAUUUCCGCUGGCGUCAUCCCCGAUCUAUGAUCACUUCCGGUGGCCUGGGCACCAUGGGAUUCGGCCUGCCUAGCGCAAUCGGCGCCAAGGUUGCCAAGCCCGAUUCCCUGGUCAUCGACAUCGAUGGCGAUGCGUCGUUCGCCAUGACCAUGACCGAGCUGGCCACUGCCGUGCAGUUCAAUAUCGGGGUGAAGGUCAUCGUCCUGAACAACGAGGAACAGGGCAUGGUCACGCAGUGGCAGAACCUCUUCUACGAAGAUCGUUACUCCCACACCCACCAGAGAAACCCCGACUUCAUGAAGCUGGCGGAUGCCAUGGGCUUGCAGCACAGGCGCCUGGUCAAGCCCGAGGAAACCGUCGAUGCCCUGAAGUGGCUCAUCGACUCCGAUGGGCCCGCCCUCCUGGAAGUGGUCACAGAUAAGAAGGUGCCCGUGUUGCCAAUGGUCCCGGCCGGAUUCGGUCUCCACGAGUUCAUCGCCUGGGAUAGCGCCAAGGACAAGGAACGGCGAGAGCUGAUGCGAGAACGCACCGGCGGUCUCCACGGUUAGGCUGCACACCUUAUAAUCUGGAGUGACUCUGGAGGCACGAUGAGAAUUUCUGCAUUCAGACCGCAUGGGAUGGCAUCGGCAAAAAAAUAUCGGCAAAAAAAAAGUUGCUCGCAGAUCUGUUGCGAGAUCUGGUAUGCUUUUUACGGAUGGCCCGGGCUGUUGGGCCCGGAUUUGCGAUUUUAGCGCACCGCCGUGCAGGCUGGUGGGUUGUAUAUAUUUUGAGUUGAUACCAUGUCGUUCAGCAUUUGAAACUCGUCAAGGUGGUCUCUCGAGU